AUGAACACAAAACUCGCCAUGGUUCACGGUCCAAACGAACCGCCACUAUGGAACAAGACAGUCGGUUCUCUCAUCGAUGAACAGGCAUCUCGCUAUGAGACCCAUCUGGCCGCAAUUUUCCCAUGGCAAUCAGUUCGAUUGACAUAUCGCCAAUUGGCAGAUCGAAGUAAGAUUGUCGCGCGCGCGUUGCUGGAAAUGGGCCUCCGAAAUGGCGAUUGUGUGGGGAUCAUGGCCGGAAAUUGCCAUCAAUACCUUGAGAUUUUUCUGGGUGGAGGCCGGGUUGGAUGUCCCGUGGUGGUGUUGAACAACACUUAUACGCCGGAGGAGCUGAAAAAUGCUGUCCAGAGGAGUUCCUGCAAACUCGUUGUCAUUGCCUCAUGUAUUGGCUCAAAGGAUCUCUCGGGCCACAUUCAAACGCUACGUGGAGUAGGUUCGACGAAUCCAAAAGUGCCAGAGUUACGCCGCGUUGUUUGUCUCGACGAUACGGUCAUCCAAGAUACUGGGGUCGAGUUGCAAUUCUAUAACUCGUUCACCGCCAAUGGUUACUUGACCUUUCAGGACGACUCCCUUCUCAAGCGCGCGGAGGCAGAUGUACACCCUGAGGAUGUGCUGAAUCUGCAAUUUACUUCUGGCACCACCGGUUCCCCGAAGGCGGCCAUGUUAACACACAACAACCUUCUGAAUAACGCCCGCUUCGUUGGAGAUGCCAUGCAGCUGAGCCUCGACGACGUGGUUUGCUGUCCACCGCCUUUGUUCCAUUGUUUCGGUCUCGUCCUUGGAUUCCUGGCCUCAUACACUCACGGCAGCUCGAUUGUCUUCCCCUCGGAUUUCUUCGACGUACGAAAGGUUGUGGACGCAAUCAUGAUUGAAGACGCAACGGUCCUCCUAGGUGUGCCAACUAUGUAUGUCGCAGAGCUUGAGGUGAUGUCGAAGACAAAUCAACGACCUCGGCGUCUCCGAACGGGUCUCGCUUCCGGGUCUGUAGUCUCACGGGGCUUAAUGGAUCAACUUCGACAGAAAAUGGGUGUUGAAAGCAUGUUGAUAGCUUAUGGUAUGACGGAAACAAGCCCUGUGACGUUUAUUACUGCGCUCAAUGAUCCCCUGUCGAAAGCGACCACAACCGUCGGGCGGAUUAUCCCACAUACUUCUGCGAAAGUCAUUGAUAAAAAUGGGAAUUUACUCCGCAGAGGUGAAAGGGGUGAGCUGUGUACAAGCGGAUUUGCUUUACAGAAGGGGUAUUGGAAGAAUCAAGAGAAGACCAUGGAAGUGAUGAAGCCGGAUGAGAACGGUGUAUUGUGGAUGCAUACUGGAGAUGAAGCUCAACUGGAUGAUGAUGGCUAUGCGCAUAUUACCGGUCGAAUCAAGGACAUGAUCAUCCGCGGUGGAGAAAACAUAUUUCCGAGGGAGAUUGAAGAGAGAAUUGUGCAGCACCCUAGCAUCAGCGAAGCAAGUGUGGUUGGGAUACAUGACGAGAGAUACGGUGAAGUGGUCGGAUGCUUCGUGAAAGCAGUCAAUGAAGCUCGACCAAGCGACGAGGAAUUGAGACAGUGGGUGGGAAAGCUUCUCGGGAGUCAUAAAGCUCCUGUGUAUUCUUUCUGGAUUGGUGAUGCUGCUGUCGGCGUUGAUUUCCCCAAGACUGGAUCCGGCAAACAUCAAAAGCAUAUCAUGCGAGAUAUUGGAAAUCGCUUGGUGCACAAAGGACCAGUCAAAGCCAAACUAUAG